GAGCUUCCUGAGCCCUGCCCCGCCCCGUACACUCAUCAUGUGACCUCCUGGUCGCCACGGAAACAGACUAACAAGGAAGAAGCCUCCACCUGAAUAAUAACUGACAGAGCAGAGGAGUCAGGAGCAGAUACUGACCAUACCAAAACACUAGAAGGAUGUCUAUCCCUUUCUCCAACACACAUUAUCGUAUCCCAAGAGGCUUUGCCAAUCUCCUGGAAGGCCUCACCAUGGAGGUGCUGAAGGAGCAGCCACAGGAUAUUCCUCACUUUGCUGCCAAAUACUUUGCUGAACUUCUUAAAAAGAGGGAAGAUUCAGGAUUUGAUCCAGCAGAAUGGGGCGCCGCCCUAGAGGACAGAUACUACAACAACCACUCUUUUCAGCAUCCAGAGGAUACGACGUUCACUGCACGCACAGAAGACAUCUUCUCCAGCACAGUGGACGUACAGCUAUCUCAAGAUCUCACCUCAUCUGUGCAAGAAAAUAAGGAAGAUGAACAUAAGCUUGAUGAAGACAACACUGUCCUUGCCCACACUGAGGAUAUCAGUGACAGAACAGAUAGUGUCCCGGUCCUGGACAACUCGGAGGACACUGUGGAACCACACGAUCGUCCAUCAUCCUCCCAGUUAGCAGAGGUGGAGCACAAGCAGGAAGAGAAAAGCGACACAGACAAUCUGCUCCGGGAACAGUCCGCCACUGUGAUACAAGCCGCGUUCCGAGGUCAUCAGGUCAGAGGAGGAGUCCGGAAACUGAAAGAAGAAUCCAUAGAAAAGUUGUCUCCCCAAGAAUAUUCAACUUCAGAAGAAGCGGCUCCACAUCAAGACGAAGAAGAUUUAGAACCGCACCUGACAGAUUCCCCUGAAGAAGACUCUGUUCAAGUGCAACCUGAUGACAGCAACACAGAAAAGGGGCCGGUACCAGAUGACACUGGGGCUACAGAGGACAUGUUUGGUGGAGAACUUGUCUUGGAUGAAGACUUGGGGCCAACACAGGACACUGAGGAGGAGCAACGAGAACAGAGGGACGAUGACCAUGAGAACCCAGACGUAGACGAGGCUGAACGUCAUGAUGGACAGCAGACUCAUGGGGAAGAAGACCAGGAAGGUAUCACUUCUGUAAAAGAAGACGUGGAAGGUCAGGACACUACACAGACUGAGGACCAUAGAGAAGAAGACAACAAAGACAUAGAAGAUGAUGGGGAGGGUCCCCACAUACAAGAAGAUGGAGAAGAAAAUAUUAUGGUGGAAUCUCAGGGAUCUCCUGAGAGAACAGACACUAAUGUGACACAUGAAGCUAGGACAACUGAAGGACAACAAGAGCCACCAGACAACGAGGACAAUGAGACCCUGGAACAGCUAGAGGAUAAAAGUGAGAAACCUGCUGAGGCCACGAGUAACGUGACUGGAGAGCAACAGGAAGACAGGGAAGAGAACGAAGCUUUACGGAAGCAGACGGACGAAGCCCUGGACAUCGCCCUGGAUGACCCUGACGCCAACGCAGCUGCCGCUAAAAUCCAGGCCGGUUUCCGUGGUCACAUGACAAGGAAGAAAAUGAAAAGCGGCGAUAAAGACGCAAGGCACAAAGAGGGCAAAGAAGGCAGCAGUGCACAGGGGGAGCAUGAAGGGGAUUAGACCAGGAGUAUAUAAGACAACCUGAAUAAGACACAACCUGGGCCACAAGCAAGAACUCUCUGUGCAGCAAGGUGAACCUUUCACCGCCCACGAGGUGCCCUCCUAUAAAGCCCCUCCCCCGAGGAGUGGCCACCCACCCACUGGUCACUGGAAGAUUGUGUAUGUUGAUGCCUAUUGUGUUCAUGUUUAUUGAGUUUUUGUUUAUCUUGAUUUUAACUUUCAUGAAAAAAAAAUAAAAAACAAACAAAAAAUCAGUCAUUCAUUGUGGCGUGGUGCGCCCUUUGCUCGCUUGCUCCUGAUUUGUGACAGUGUUUGCAUGCUAAUCCUAGAAUGCAGAAUAUCCCUUUAUUUAUGAAUUUUCUUCCAUUUCCUUCAAGCUGCAAUAAAUAAAUCUACAAACACCUACACCCUACUAACCCCCCCCCCCCCCCAAUACCACCACUCUGUGACCCACUGACGCUCCCUAAUCAUGUAUUUUGUUAUAUGUUUUCUCAAAUUGGAAAAGAAAUUUGAAUAAAAUCCAAAAUGGCUUCA